AGGCGCACUUGGGAAUUCCUCCCUGGGGGGUACCCUCAAGCCCUUUCACCCCCCCUCCGGGGAAGAGCUGAGAAAGAAAACAAAGGAAAUCAGCUGUUGCCACCAGCUAAUUCAACAACAUGAUGCACAAGCCUCUUAGGACACAACAAUCCAAUCCGGUUCUUAAAGAUACGUUUUAUUAAAAAAGAAAAGAAAAUUCAUCUGGUAAUUUAGGCAUUUGCUAGAUUUUAAGAGUAACUCAAGGAUUAAGCACCAAAACUAGUUUUCUUGAGGUCCAGUUAAAAGGUUACAAGCAAAACAAAAGCACCCGGGGUUAGCAGGGAGGAGUCCACAAGCCAUAAAGAAAUAAAAAGGGACAAAUCUGAUCGCGUCUUCUGAGACAUUUCCUGACCUAUUUACGUAUCUGGGCUUUCAGCUGAGGAGUUUCUAGGUAUGAUACUGAAACUGGCCCCAAGCGUCUUCCGGCAUCGCUGCUGCCCUGUCUCCUCUCCCCGGGAGAACAACCCCAGACAGACCAAAGGGGAGUCUCUGUUCAACUGUUCAAUGUUCUGGCUUCCCAUUGGCUCGUUUGGCCAGGCGUCCACUCACUUUCUUUUACCUAGGCAUAGUAGUGAGACUUUUGAACCCUUUACAGGCAGAGCGAUUAGAGAACAGUUACUCAGAGGGAUUUUAUAGCUACUGGCUGGCUGGGUGUCCAUAAAAGGGAGCUCCCCCCCCCCUUCAUUUAUCACACCCGACUUCAGUCACGGAGAGGCCCCUUUCCCCAGAGAGCCGCUUCUUAUCCCCUGAGCCACCUCCCGAGUGUGGCACCCCUCCCAAAGCGUGCCCUGCUGGAUGCCACGUCCCUUGAACCUGUUAUUUUCAAGACCUUCCCGUGGCUGCUACAGUCUCUUUAUAUACGCGGCUAGUCGUACCAGGGGGCAGCAGGGACCAGUGCUGCCAAAGCUCAUGAGUAUUAUCGUUUUCCUUAAAGCCCCAGCUCCUGGAGCCAGGUGGGUCUGGGCUGGUUUCAGGCUUAAAAAAAAAGGAAGCUUCGAGCUCUUGUGGCUGUGGAGAAAACUAUAAAAUGUGACCCCCGGGCACCCUAAUGGUCACAGCUGGGAAAAGCCUCAUGAGGGAUGCAAAGAAGGCAUACGGAUUCUGUGAAUAUUCCUGCCCUGGAGUGGAAGGAAGGGGGCCGAGGCUUUCUGUUCGGCCAGUGACUGGGGGGGAUGUUAAAUACCAGAUGCUAAAGUUACACAUCUCUAAAUCAGCAGGACCAGGUACCCUGUAUGGAAGAGUAGCAAAAGAAUUGGCCAAGGAUCUCCCUGAACCAUUGAUGUUGAUAUGCAACACAUCUUGGCAUUCAAGGGAGGUCCCAGAGGACUGGAAAAAGCUCUUAUGCCAAUAUUUAAAAAGGGUGGGGAGGGCAGCCCAGGAACCCAUGGGCAGUAAAACCCCUGCGGGUGUCUGUGGGGGAGGGAAGAGUACUGUUUACUCCUCACUUUAUGGGAUGGUGCUGUGCCUUUUCCCCACAGCUUAGAGUGAAACACAAGACAGGCUUUGUGUUGGCGUGAAGCUGAAUUCCCAGCAUCAGCUCCUGUUAUACGAAGGGCGGCUGCUUUCCUGGCCGCUUUCGGUUUCCAUUUAACACAGAGCUGUCUGCACUGCGUGGGGGGGUUUCAGGCCCAGCAACUUCCACAUGCCCGAACUCCGUCGCCUGAAAUCUAAUCAGCCGCGAGUCCCAUCCCUGCCAACUUUUAGCAGAAAGGAGAAGCGAAUAAAUCUCCCCUGGAGUUUCGCACCACCCGCUGGCUUGACGCUGUUAAAGGGAAUGAAUGUCCUGGUGCAAAAAGUGGCGUCAUGUCCCAGCUCAGAGACAGCAAAGAGGAGGAGCCAGUGGUCGGUUUGCAGCAGGGCAGCCAGACACAAGGCGCUGUGCUAAUGCAGUGCUCAGCGCCUUGGUCAAAAGCUACAUGGACACGACACACAGCGGGAACGUGCCCUGCCUGGUGGACGCCGUGAUGGCUACAGAGAACGAGAUGGGCGUCACGGAGGCGCUGGCUCACUACGUGGCUGAGAAAGAGACGCGGGUGGCAUUCCCGGCGGCCAUGAUGGAGCUCUCGGAGCGUCACGGCAAAAGCCUGGCAGACGCUCUGCAGCUUUUCAUGCAGCUCUCCCUCAAGGCUGAGACAGUGAGGCCUUUGGCAACGUCUUCAGCAGAAAUGAAGCAUCUCCAAGGAACGUUGCCUCGUGUUGCGGGAGGAGCUCUCGGCCGCUGUGUGGAAGAAGCACACGGACGGGGUUUACAUGCUACCUGGCGGCUACCGGGCAGCUACCAAGACCUCCGAGACCAGAGCCGCGUGGUGAACUUCCGGACAACACCCAACAACGGGGUCAAGGCAGAAGAGGUACUGGACCAGUUCCUGGCCAGUGAGACGGCAGCGACAGACGCCAUCCUCAGAGCAGAUAAAACGUUGACAGAAGCAGAGGAGGAGAAAGCCAGUACGUCGCCCUAGUCUGGGGGAUUUCUGAUCGAACUGGACCUAAAAAUUCCCUAAUCUCCUCCGACGUCUUAGGAAAAAAUUCUUCAGUUCCAUGAAGAAAGGUUAUUUCAAAGGAUCGGGCAGGAGACGUUCUUUAGCAGCACAAAACUAGAGAGACUCACACCCCAUUGCGUGGUGACGGUGCUUGUGACGUCCCACGCACAGGAAUAAAUAGUUCACUGUGUCCCGAGCGUUACCCUCUCUGACCCAAGAAUUUGGGAUCUUGUGCAUUCUUCCAGUUGGGAGGAGAAAUUGAGGAUGGAGUCUGGUACCUUUGGUGCAGUCCCCUUUAUUUACCAAGCAUGGACCAAAUUCAGUUUUCCUGAACACAGGAGGACUUGAAAAACAGAGCCCCCCACCCCAGAAGGGAUGUGGACAAAUUGGAGAGAGUCCAGCGGAGGGCAACGAAAAUGAUUAGGGGCCUGGGGCACAUGACUUAUGAGGAGAGGC